AUGAAUAAAAUACCGUUUCUUAGAAAGAAAAAAGUUGAAGAGAAAAGUCGGAAAAUUCGAGCCAACAAUCAAGAUGCCAAUGCUGCCAAAGAAUUUGCUGGCAAUCAAAUAUCGACAUCAAAAUAUAAUUUAUUGACAUUUUUGCCUAAGAACCUUUUCGAACAAUUUCGUCGAUUAGCUAAUGCUUAUUUUUUAUUUCUUCUAUGUUUGCAACUUAUUCCACAAAUUAGUUCAUUAGCACCUGUUACAACUAUUUUACCACUUGUAUUUGUCUUAUCAUUAACUGCAAUAAAAGACGCCAGUGACGAUAUCGCAAGGCAUCGAAGUGAUAGUCAAGUAAAUAAUCGUGAAACUAAAACAGUAGUUGGAGGUGAAUUAGUAACGAAAAAAUGGAAAGAUAUUCAAGUCGGUGAUAUGGUGCGAUUAGAAAAUAAUGAAUUUGUCACUGCUGAUAUUGUGCUUAUUUCAACAAGUCUCGAUAAUGGUCUUUGUUUUAUUGAAACAGCAGAACUAGAUGGCGAAACCAAUCUUAAAGUGCGACAAGCUUUAGAAGAAACAUGUGGCCUUGUAGACCAUAUCGAUGAAUUGUCUAGGUUUGAUGCGGAAAUUGAAUAUGAAGCACCGAAUAAUAAUCUUGGACGAUUUGAAGGAAAUUUAAUGUGGAAAGGAAAAACAUUACCGUUAAAAAAUGAUCAUAUACUUUUACGUGGCACAAGAUUGAGAAAUACUCCGUGGGCUUUUGGAAUUGUCUGUUAUGCUGGGCCAGAUACGAAAUUAAUGAAAAAUAGUGGAAAAGCAAAAUUCAAACGAACUAAAAUUGAUCAUUUACUCAAUCGAAUCAUUCUCGGUAUCUUUCUCUUUUUGUUAAUCAUGUGUGCAAUAAUGACAAUCUGUUGUGGUUUCUGGGAAUCAUUUGUUGGCUUUGAUUUUAGCAUAUAUUUACCAUGGGAAACAUACGUAUCUGAUGAUCAACAAAUUGGUGCACUCGAAAUAAGUUUACUAGUAUUUUUAUCAUAUAUUAUUAUUUUAAAUACUGUGGUGCCAAUAUCACUCUAUGUCAGUGUUGAAUUUAUACGUUUGUUACAAUCGAAAUGGAUUGAUUGGGACAUGAAAAUGUAUUAUGAACCGAAUAAUGUACCAGCACAAGCUCGUACAACAACGUUAAAUGAAGAGCUGGGACAAAUCGAAUAUAUUUUUUCGGACAAAACCGGAACAUUGACGCAGAAUAUAAUGACGUUCAAUAAAUGUUCAGUACGAGGAAAGCUCUAUGGGUAUGUUAUGGAUGAAGCUGGCAAUGAAAUACAAGAUCUUGAAAAAUUAAGAUCCAUUGAAUUCGAAGAGAAAGAUGAUGAUUUCGAAUGGUAUGAUCAAAAAUUAAUGGACGCUAUAAAAGGAAAUGAUCCUGAUGUAUAUGAAUUUUUUACAUUGCUCUCAAUAUGUCAUACAGUUAUGACCGAAGUGAAAGAUGGAAAGAUUGUUUAUCAAGCUCAAUCGCCUGAUGAAAAUGCUCUUGUCUCGGCAUCGCGUACAUUCGGCUUUGCAUAUCUUGGUCGUACUCAAAGUAGUAUUACAGUUCGUCUUCCAACUAAAGAAGAAACUUAUGAAAUAUUGCAUAUAUUGGAUUUUGAUAAUGAUCGUAAAAGAAUGUCGGUUAUCAUUAAAAGAGCUGGAAAAAUUAUGUUAUACUGUAAAGGUGCUGAUUCAAAAAUUAAAGAACGUCUGGAUCCAUCAGAAAAAAAUAUAAUGGCAGAAACCGAUGAACAUUUAAAUAAAUUUGCCACGGAUGGUUUACGUACACUUUGUUUGGCAUAUAAAGAAUUAAAUCAAAGUGAAUACGCUAGAUGGGCGGAAAAAUUAGCCAAAGCAAAUACAAGUAUGGAAAAACGAGAAGAGAAAAUGAACGAUACUUAUGAAGAAAUCGAACAAAAUCUUAAACUACUUGGUGCUACAGCUAUCGAGGAUAAAUUACAAGAUGGUGUACCGCAAUGCAUUGAACGUUUAGCACGUGCUGGCAUUAAAAUUUGGGUUUUAACUGGUGAUAAAGUUGAAACUGCGUAUAAUAUUGGUUUGUCAUGUCGUUUAUUAACGAAUGAUAUGGAAAUUCAGGUUAUUGAAGAAGAUACUGAAGAUGGUGUCGAAAAAAAAUUACAAGAAGUUCGAGAAGAAAUGAUUCAUAAAAUUGAACAGUUAUUUGGUGUUGAAAUAGAGGAUAGACGAAAACGACUUGACUGGAAAGACUGGGGAAUUGACGUAAUGAAAUUCGAUCAAUACAGAAAAGACAGUGCUAGUGGCGGAAAAGGGCAACGUCAAAAUGGUCAUGCAGCAGUAACAACAGCUGAUGCGAGUCCACAAGAACGUGAACUAUUCGAAGGCUUCGGUUUAUUAGUCACAGGUCAAGCGUUAGCAUAUGCAUUGAAUGAAAAAUUAAAAAUGAAAUUUCUUGAAUUGGGUACAAUGUGUAAAGCUGUUGUUUGUUGCCGUGUGACACCUUUACAAAAAGCUCAAGUUGUUGAAUUGGUAAUGCAAAAUGAAAAGAAAAUUACUUUAGCUAUUGGCGAUGGUGCUAAUGAUGUGUCAAUGAUUCAAAAAGCACAUAUUGGUGUUGGUAUUAGUGGGCAAGAAGGUCGACAAGCCGUUUUAGCAAGUGAUUAUAGUUUUGGACAAUUUCGUUUUCUUGAAAGAUUACUACUCGUCCAUGGCCGUUGGUCUUAUUUGCGAAUUUCAAAAUUUCUACGUUAUUUCUUCUAUAAAAAUUUUGCAUUUACCUUAUGUCAUUUUUGGUUUGGAUUUUUUUCGGGUUUUUCAGCUCAAACGUUAUAUGAUCCAUUCUUCGUGGCAACAUACAACGUUUUCUUUUCUUCACUACCUGUUCUGGCAUUAGGUGUCUUUGAUCAGGAUGUGAGUGCUGAUCAUUCGUUAAGUAAACCUCAUUUAUAUGCACCUGGUCAAAAUAAUGAAUUUUUCAAUAAGAAAAUCUUUGCUGAAAGUGUUAUACACGGCAUAUUGACAUCAUGUAUUAUAUUUUUUGUACCAUAUCUGUCCGUAUCGAACAGUACGCGGCCAGGCGGAAUGACUCAAGCUGAUUUACAAUCCUUUGGUUUUAUUGUUGCAACAGUUAUGUCUAUUAUUGUUAAUUUAGAAAAUGCAUUAGAAACAUGGUAUUGGACGGGUUUAUAUCAUUUUGUUCUAUGGGGCACAAUAGUUGUACAUUUUCUAUUUCAUUUUGCAUUGUAUUCAACCAUAAUUUGGAAAAUUUUUAAUACAAAUUAUGCAUAUGUCGGAGUUGCACAGGCUGUUUUGUCAACAGGCAAUUUUUGGUUUACAUUGCUUCUUACAUGUGCCAUAUUAUUAUUACCGGUAUUUUGUCGAGAAUUUUUCCGUAUGCGAUUCAUACCCAAUAAAACUGAUCGGGCUCGAUUAAACCAGAAAUUUCGUACUGAAGAAAAAGCAGCAUUUGUUGCACAUAUUCAACAUAAACUUCGUCAAAGUAAACGAUCGAUUCGAUCAGGUUAUGCGUUUUCACAACAAGCUGGUUGGGGUCCAUUGAUAACAUCUGGACGAAUGCAAUCGCAGUCUAUUACAUAUACUCGUCAACCAACACAGACUACGAACACAACAAUGCCAAAAUAUCAUAAGAACAGAAAAACCCAUAUACUCAAUGAGUUAUCGCCAAAGAAUCUUCUUCAACAGGAUAAAAAUCAUCCAUCCAAUGCAGAGCUCGUUCGUGUUACUCAUUUACGACCUUCAUAA